UCUGCAUUCGGCUCCAGCAGCGUGGGCGGCCCGGGAUGGGCGGGCGGCCGCGAGGGGGACACGGGGGGCGUGCGACGUGACCCGCCCGGCCUUGGAGGUCUCCAGGCCUGGCCGUGCCUGGUUAAGGGGUCUGCUUAGUGGGCUCGGACGCGGGGCCGGGGCGCCAAGCGGAGCGGGAGUAUGCGGGGUGCGGCGUGGGCUGCCUGGGGGCGCGCGGGGCAGCUGUGGCCGCGGCCUCCGGCCCCGGGUCCGGGCCCUCCGCGGCUGCCGCCACCGCCGCCGCCGCCGUUGCUGCUGCUGCUGCUUGCCGCGCUGCUGGGAGGCGCGGACGCGCAGUACUCCAGCGACCUGUGCAGCUGGAAGGGGAGUGGACUGACACAUGAGGCGCACCGGAAGGAAGUGGAGCAGGUGUAUGUACGCUGCGCGGCGGGCACAGUGGAGUGGCUGUACCCUACUGGGGCUCUCAUCAUCAACCUGCGACCCAACACCUUCUCACCUGCACGGCAGCUCACCGUGUGCAUCAAACCCUUCAGGGGUUCCUCGGGGGCCAAUAUUUAUUUGGAAAAAACUGGAGAACUGAAACUGCUGGUACAGGAUGGAGAUGACACUGGCCAGGUACGGUGUUUCGGCCUGGAGCAGGGCGGCCUGUUCGUGGAGGCCACACCCCAGCAGGACAUUGGCAGAAGGACCACGGGCUUCCAGUACGAGCUGACGAGGAAAUACCAGGGACCAGCCCUGCACACACCGUCGGCACCGUGCCGCCCUUGCAGUGACACUGAGGUCCUCCUAGCUGUCUGCACCAGUGACUUUGUUGUUCGAGGCUCCAUCCAGGACGUCACCCAUGAGCCAGAGCUUCAGGAGACGGUCAUCCACUUGCGAGUGAGCAGACUGUACCGGCAGAAAAGCAGGAUAUUCCAGCUGGUGCCUGAGGGUGGUGGCCACUGGCAGGGGCAUGUCAGGACGCUGCUAGAGUGUGGUGUGCGGCCAGGGCGUGGUGACUUCCUCUUCACUGGCCACAUGCGCUUUGAGGAGGCAUGGCUUGGCUGUGCCCCACGCUUCCAGGACUUCCAAAGGAUGUACAGGGACGCUGAGGAGAGGGGACUGAACCCCUGCGAGGUUGGUGCUGAGUGACCACAUGGGCCUCAGGAUGCCUUUCCUCCCCUGAUGAGCUGCUGUUGGCUACAGGGGCCGCACAAAUCCUGGUGGGAGCUACACCGGACCAUACCCCUGGGGCCCAGGCCUGGCCCUUAUUUGUCAGCUGCACCAUCUGGGGAGGUGCCUGUGGUGUUUGACCCUGUGGGAUCCUAGUGGAGAGUGCCGUGGCCAAUUGGAAAUGCUAUAAAAUGCAAACUAAGUUAUUAUGUUUUUUGUAAAAAAAAAAAAAUACCCAUAGGAAGCAAAUUCCUAUGUCUUCAAAUGUCUUGGUGUGGCACUUAUGUUGUUCUUUAAAAACAUUUACAUC